UUUGUAUAUGGUUAAGACAGUUUGAGAUGCUGAACUUUUAAAACUGUAAGGGAUAUUCUAGUGUUAAUUUUUUCUCUGAAUGUUGCUUUACCAAAGUUUCUUGCAUGUACAUGUUAGGUUUAUGUUAUGUGUGAAAAAGUUACAGCCAAGUUUUGAGGAAAUAGACAAUAAGAUAUAUGGAUUUUUUUUCCUCCUUAAACAUACAUCAGUAAUUGUAAAGGAUAGUGGUAUUUGCUGUUUUCAUUUCCCUCUUUCAGCAGUUUUUUUUUUUUUUUAAAGGAUACUGGAGAUUAAGCCCAGGCAAACACUGUACUGUGAGAUAUAUCCCUAGCCCUUUUAUAAUUUUUGGGUUUUGUUCAUUGAGACACUAAAAUUGAUGUAUAUCUAAUGGAAAGAUGAAAGAUGCUUAUGAGAAGAUAAAAUUGUAUUAUUUAAAAAAUAAUACAAUGUUUGUUUACCGAGUAGUUUUAGUGUAUAAAUGGAGGAAUAAUGUAUUAAGUCUACUUCCGCAGGCCAUGGGGAGGAUCAGUUUAUGUAUUUUAUUAAUUCACUCAAACCAUCAGUAUUUUACUUAAAGAUAAUUAUUAAAACGAUAUCAUUUAGUAAACAGUAGAAAGUCAUAUAUUUUCAAAAAUAUCCCCAAUGCUGACCAAGGAUAUGAAUAUUUUCACCCUUUGAUGUCAUAAAGACAUUUAAUUCACCAGAACUACUGAUUAUAAAAUUUAAUGUGUUAAUUUAGGAGGAUUUUUUUCCUAUUAUUUUAACUUUUCGUAUUUAAACCUUAAAAUCAUUUAAAGACUAAUGCUGCCACUGGGUGGCAGCUCUCCCUUCUUCCAUUAACAACAGAAGUCAGAACACAAGACAUUGCUGUUAUAAAAUUUCAUCUUCAUUAUGUCUACUUAAAAGUGUAAAGCCUAUUCAUAAUUCACUAUGUUCCAGAGUAUUCCUUUGUUUAUUAAGGUAAUUAUUAAUAAUAAGUUUCAUGGAAAUGAAAGUUACAUAUCUUACCUUUUGGCUGCAAAAAUCACAUGAAUAUAGAGGACAACAGUUCGAAGUAGUUAUAAAAUGAGUGGUAAGCAUCCUUUUAUUUUUAAUAUACAUUUGAUGAUGAUGAUAAUUGUUUAUUUUUUUCUCCGUGGUUCCCCAGUCUUCAUUAUGGGGGAAAAAAAAAACGUUUAAAGUAGCAGUUAAUACUUUGUAUCACAGAAAGGGUUAUUUAUAGCAGACCCUUACUGAGCUGAUAUUAAUAAAGCAGAAUUUUGAGAAAAUAUCUAGGAAUAGAGUAGUACUGAAAGCAGAAUUCAUAUUCUUGUGCCAUAAUUAGAUUUAAUAUAGAACUGAGUUUGAUGGUACACACCUGAAACCCCAGCAGUUAGGAGGCAAAGCCAGGAGGAUCACUGAGUUCAAGACCAGCCUGGGCUACAUAGCUGUCUCAAAAAAGGAUUUAUUGUUGCUGUAGAAUUCAUAAUACAUGUGUGUCAGUAUCUGUGAUAUUCCCACUUGUGGGAUAAAAACUUGGGCGGGAACUAUUUUGUACUUCCAAGAUGUCAGGUUUUUUUUUUUUUUUUUAAUUAUUUAACUAAUUCUUAGACCAGCGGCUGUUUUUAUAAGCAUGUAUGUUAUUUGAAGCAGCUUCCUUAAGAAUUGAAACAGCCUUAUAAAAUAGCUACAUGAGCUAUAGUAAUAGGACUUUUAUUAGAAACUGGUUUCCUCAUUCCUAGCCCAUGAUAUAUAUUGCAACAUAUUGCUCUCUGUGAGCUAGUUUUAGUUGAAGAUGGUCCUGGGGAAAAAAAUAUCACAGAAGUUUUCUGCAUAUGAGAUGAUUAGUUAUCAAAUUUAAAUAUAGAUGUAACAUUAAUUCUUACCAGCCACUUUUAUAAAUGUACAAAAUCUUUGAAGUUUUUUAGAACAUAUGCAUAAAUAUAUAUCUAUAUAUUUAAUAACAAGAGCAAUUGCUGUUGUAUCCCUUAUUUGGCCAUAAAUCCUUAGGCCAGUAUAUUCACAGAUAUAAGACAUACACAUCACAUUGUAUACAUCACAUGCACCUAGCACCACUAAAGACUUUGACAGGUCAUUGAACAAAAUAGGGAAACCAGUGCCUUUGGCAAAAUGGGAAGGCCUAACAGAUAAGCAAUUUAGAAUAAGGUCAUCCUUGUAGAUAAAUAGCAUGUAGAUUACUUCUAGCUGUUGUAAUGCUCUGUCAUGUAAUCCAGUGGUAACAGAGGCAAAGCUGUCAUUGUGUAGUACAGUACCUUUGUCAGAAUUAGAGAAAGGCAUCUUUCUGGCAGACUUAGCACCUUCUCAUCAAGAAGUUUGGAAUUUACAUCCUCACCCCUUGAUGGGUGCUUUGUUCAGGUUACAACAAAAAACAAUGGUCCUGUGCAGGGAUACUGUUCAGCCUACACACAGGGCUGAAGCUGGGUAUGCUGCUAGUACCUAUAGUACUUACCUUACUUAAGGUUUAAAUGGAAAUACUCAAGAGGCUGAGGCAAGAUGAUCGAUCCUUUAAACCUAGAAAUUCAGGCUAACGUGAACAACAUGGCAAAAUCCCAUUUUUAGGAAAAGUUAACAUUUUAAAAAGGGAUUUCACAUAAAAUUCAGUUACGGUUUUCUUUUAAAAACGAGAAACUGCAACAGUGGAAUUUAAGCAAUCAGCUGGAACCUAGUACAAGUAAUAUUGUUUAUUUUUAACCAGUGUAUCUGCUGCAAAAAUUAAGUGUAAAACAAUCUGUUUCCUAACCCUUAUACCACUCUCUAGUUCAUGUUUUUGGCUUGGAAUCUGCAGAUUCUUACUUUUCAGAAACACUUUAAGAUGUGUUAGCCAAGUCAGAUUUGGAAUGUCGUUUGUAAUGUGUUUCAACUUUUCUAUCAUUGAGGAUAGGAUAGAUAAUAUCCUUCUUUACUGUUCUGAACAGCAUUCUUAGACUUAAAACAUGGCAGAUUACUAUGAGUGAGGGGCAUUGUUUGGUUUUAUUGCAAAGUAGGAAGGAUUGGCUUGUUCCUCUCCUGAUAAGUUAACUAACUUGGUGUUUGGCGAUUUUAUGUGAUUCGGCUCUGCCAUAUUGUAAGCUUUGACAGACAAGCAAGAUAUGCAUGCUCCACACCCUAAUUUCUUGCUGUUACAUGAGCUAAAGCAACUGACAAAAAUUGAAAUGUAUAUUUCUAGUUUACUUAAUGAGGUGCUCUUUUGUUUUGAAAGUAUACAUGUGCUAAGACUUGUCUAAUGAGAACAAACUGGGUGUGGUGGUGUGAAAAGCAAGAGGAAAAGUUUCACUUAUUAGCCAUGUUCAGAGGUGUGUUUUAAACUAGUGUCUUUGAGAACAGUUUGCUGUCUAGAGCAAUUUCUUUCUAUCAGAUAUUCCAGGGUUGGCCUGCCUGAUGCCUGCGGUAGCUUUGCACAAAUGUUUAAGUUGCCGGCAGGAAUGCUGCCUCUCAAAUUACUUAAAGAGCAUGGAUACCUCAUCUCAUUAUUUUGGAAUAAUGUUGCAAGUUUUAUUUGUAAAUAUAACAAAAAUCACAGUACUUCGUUUCUUUCAGUAUAUUUUUGUGCCUCGUGGAAUAAAUGACUUUCAAACAGGGAAACAGAUACUUUAAAGCAGACAUAUAGUUAAUGUAUUUAUUGUUUUAAGUAAACUUUUGGGUUUAGAGUAUGUACAUUUUGAAACAAUGGAGAAAUGACUAUAAAGGGACUGCUAGGUAUUACCUUUUUAAAUAUAGUUUAAAGACAGGAAAAAUUAUUAAACUUUUGUUUUUGAGCACUUCAGGAGGAAAUUUGCAUUCCCUGAGUAACUAUAACUUUGGAGCAAAUGAUGUCAAACUUGUUUUGAUAAUGUUUUCUGGACUAUAGAUAGACCUAAACAAUGUCACCGAAAACAAACGCUGAUUUCAUCUGGGGAUAUGAGUAUUACUUGGUGUCAAAAUGAAAAAAAAAAAAAAUUUAGUCUCAAUUGUUGUAGUUUGGAUGUUGAACGUCCCCAGCCCACAGCACUACUGGUGGAACCUUGAGGAAGUGUGUGUUUAGUGGAAAAAGUUAACUCACUGGGUGCAUGCCCUUGAUGAGGCUCUUCCAGCUGGCUCCCUGCUCUCUCUGCUUCCUGGAUAUCUUGCGCCCCUGCCAUGAUGUAUCGUCCUACCACAGAUCCAGAUUACUGAGGUCAAGUGACGGUGGCCUGAAACCUCUGAAGUUGUGAGCCAAAACUUCAUUGAUUCUCUGGGAUAUUUAGGUAUUUGUGUCCCAGCAACAGAAAGCUUUAACACUGAUGUUCUAUCAGUGCAUAGUUAAAAUAGCUGUUGAAGAUAAUUGUCCAUCCAGCUUCAAAUAGUUUACUGCUCAGGUGCAGACUAUUCAGUUGUGGGUAUAGGAAAAAUGGACAAAGGUUUCAUAAACCUUCAGCUGCAGUGGUGAGGGCUCUGAAUUUAAAAAUAGAUUCAUCAAUCAAGAGUGAGGUUGAGGGUGUUGGCAGAGGAUGAUCAAAGGAGGUCUUAGAUAAAAUUGACCUGUGAACGAAUUGUGUGCUCAAAUUACAGCACUAACCGGUGAUUGAAUGAAAGAACAACCAAAACCAUUUGAAAAUCAUGUGUAGAUCUUCAUCAUUUCACAUUAUUUCUGGUUUUCAAAUUUUAAAAUUGAUUAAAAUUGUUUUAUUUAAAUAGGGAAUUUUUAACUACAAAGAACUAUUUUGAGUGAAUUCUGCUUCUCCAUCUUAAGAGUUAUUGGGAGAUAUAUAGAAAAAAAAAUACAAAAGGACCACAGUUUGGCAGUUAAGUAAGAAUUUUAAAUCUAAUGCUACCCUAAGGAAAGAAUUGAGGUCAAAGGAGAUUAAAUGCUUGAUCACCAGCCAAUAAGUAAUUUUUAAAAAUUGAAAAGCCAAAAGUAUAUUCAGAGGUGGUGAAAAGACAUGGGAGCUCUGAAAGUUGGAGCUUGACAGUCCAGAGUUGGAGCAGACUUGGUGGAAUUAGAAGAGUCUUAAAAGGAAUUCCACCGUUUAAAUUCCCGUGUUACUACUUCCUCCUCCAAAUUGAGACAGUAGAUUACAACUAAAUGUCAGAUGUGCUAAAUCACAGAACAUAAAAGUUUAGGAAUGUUGGUGCAAAGGGAAAGAACAACUAUGUUAAGAAGAGCGAGGGACAGUUACGGGAAUGGAGUAAUUGACCAUCUAGACUGACCUGGCUCCAAGACCUUUACUGGACUCCAAUUUUGUACUCUAGGUUCUUCCCUGUUCAUUCAAGUCCUGUCCCUGAAGGGCACAGAGGGUUUAGGAGUCUCUUGGUCAUCAGACUUCUCCCUCCUCACUGCUGCUUUUUAACUUUCUAGUAAAAACCUUUUUUUUUUUUUAUCUGCUUUUCCUCCCAUAACUAAAUAUCAAGGAUUAAAGUGGAAAAUAUAUAUAUUAGGAUAUGUAUAAUAGGAAAUACACCCCAUUUCUAGAUCAUGCCUUCUUACAAUAAAUAGAACCAUUCUUCCAAUAGUCCAUCCACAGACAUGGAUGAUCAUGUAACUCCACAAAAGACCGAGAGUUAACCAAAGAAGCACAGGCAGCAGGAGAGAAUGAUUUGGUUUUUGUAUUUUCAUAGGAAGAUCACAAGUAGCCGAUCAGAUAGCAUAGAAAUAACAAGAUUAACAGUGGUACAGUGCACAAGGUCCAGAGUUUGAUGCCUGAUUUAAAAAAAAAAAGUCAAAGUUAGGGGUAUCUAGGUGAGGGUAGAAGUUAGCAGGUAGGCAUUGCUCUGCAAAAGUCCUCAUGCAGUAAAAUGGAUAAGACAUAGGAGGAUGGUCUGACCCAGGCUUGAGAAUGACCAUCACUCAAAUGUCCUGAUAGCAGGGAGUGGUGGUGCACACCUGUAAUUCCAGCACUUGGGAGGCUGAGCCAGGAGGUUUUUAAGCCAGCUGAGACCCUGAUUCAGAGAUAGAGAAAGAGCAAUGGCAUUUUCCUUUAGUGCCCUUUUAGAUACCUGAGCCUAGCCAUUUUUAAAGACCUAUGUGUCUGGCACUAUGCUCAUAUGCUUUGUCUGCAUUCUUCUAUUCCUAUAACCAAUAUGCAAGGCAUUAUUGUACUUACUAUAUAAAUAAAAUCCAUGAGCCUCACAGAGUUGUUUUCUUCUGCUUUGCAUCAAAAGCACAUGAUUUUUUUCCCAUCUACUCAAUGCACAGAUAUUUAGCUUUUAGUCCAAGACCUUCACUGAAACUGUUAAGAUUACAAAUGACAAAUCUUGUUAAGAUUACAAAUUGCUAAAUUUUCAUUGAUCAAUCACUCAUCCUCAGCACUCUGCUGGGAUAGUCACUACACUACACUCUGACCCAUUCUUUGCCCCCUCUACUUUCCAUGUCUUUGUCUUGGUCUGUAAAUGUGGGUCUUCUUCAGCAGUGCAUUCAUAGCUUCUCAGCAGCAUGUUCUCCUUGGAUGAUCUUAUCACUAAUGGUGAGAUACCAGAAGCAGGGGAGAAGGUACCACGCCAUUGACAUCCAUGAACUUGAGACAAAGAUUAUUUAACAAACUGGAGAUUUCCCCACCUGUGUGAGCAUCUCAAAUUCAAGUAUCUCAAAUCGAAUGCAGACAUCUUUAUCUGUAUCUUCCCAACCCUGCCUGCACUAACCCCACCCCAUCUUGCUCCUCUCUUUAUUUCAGUUGAGUUGCUGCCAUCCACCUACUACUACCCAAACCCAGAACCUGAAAGUCACGUUUGGCUCUCUCAGCAUCUCCCAGUUCAUUGAGUAUUCAGAAGCUGUACCUUCUAUAUCUUUUAAAUGUCAUGUCUCACAUGUGGAAAACCCACUGUAGGCCAACAAUACCUUGUGGCCUAGAUGACUGCCACAGCCAUCCAUCCGUCCCCCACCCCUGCCAACUGGCUCCCUUUACUAGUAAUCACCUUAGUCAUAAACUUUUAAGGGAACGCCAUGAUCGAUUUGAGUUUUGAACCCUUCCUUUGACCUCGACCUUCAUUCUCAGGUUAAACCCCAAGCCCCUUUGCAAGACUUUGAAAGCCCCCUGGAAUCCUACUGCUGUCUUAGUCCCAUCUCUUGUCACUUCACAGACUUCUUAUGGUUUCAUAAACAAAAUAACUGGCUGAAUGGUUUUUUUUUUUCUUUUGGUCUUCACAGUUUAUUAGUCAUAAAGACACCACCUCCUGAAGGUCUUCUGUGAUUCUAUAGGCUGGAUUAGAUGUUUCCAAGUGCUUCUGUAUUCACUUGUGAAUAUUUUUAUCACUGUAUUUUCAACAAUGACUUAAAAUUAUUUCCGUGUGCUUCUCCAAUAAUUAGGAAGUUCUUUUCAGAGGAGCAAGAACAGUUAAAUACUCAGGAUUGGUGCUUCCAGGGGAGUCCACCACUGCUUCACUGGAAAGAGUAGCCAACUGGGAUUAUAAACUCAAUACCAGGGGCUGGGGAUUUAGCUCAGCGGCAUAAACACCUGCCUUGCAAGCAGGCAGUCGUGAGUUCAAUCCCUGGUACCGAUAAAAACGAAAAAGACAAAAAUAAAUAAAUAAAUAAAUAAAUAAAUAAAUAAAUAAAUAAACCAGAAAUGAGUUAAAGGGAUGGGGUUUUAAAAAAAGACAUGUUAUUUGUUAGGAGGAAAAAGCAGAAGACAGAAAGCUGCCCUGAAGAUGGGGCAAGGGUUUCCAGAAAAACUGGUUCCUGUGGGCCUCUGUGCUUUGCUUCUGUUUAUCUGGAGAUAAGGGCCCUCUCUCCCAAGGUGACACCUGGUUGUGAAACUUGUCACAACCUUAAUUGGCUCUCUGGAGAGUCAUAGAUGGAUCCCAGACCAUUGGAUGCAAGCCACAUAGUCUAUGUGCAGAAGGCUUUGGUGGGCUUAGAUUUCUUGCCCAUUUGUCCUUGUCAAGGCCUUAUGUCUGAAAUUUAUAGAUUACCUAAGAGGAGUCUUAAGAAAAGGCAACUUAAAAUUAGUGAUUAGGACUAGGUAUAUAGCGCAGCGGUACAGCGUCUGCCUUGCAAACACAAGGACCUGAGUUUAAUUCUCAGAACCAAAAAAAUGCAGGUAGUGAUUAAGGGGAUGAGUGUCAUCUAGUGCAGCAACAUAAGAAUAGGAAUGCAUAUACGGUAAUGCCUCAGUUCACAAACACUUCCAUUUACAAAUAACUUGGUUCAAAAACAGGCAUUCAGCAAAAUUUCGCUGUAUUUGGAAACCACAUCAGGUGAUGAGCACAGCCGCAGCCAUCUGCCCCACACAGACACAAACAUAGUUGUCUUCCCCAUAACUGUAAAGCAAAUUGUUUGUAAACUGAGGUACUACUGUAUAUUAUUAUAUAGUUUUCCUUUAGGUUAGUAGCCCUCUGCCUGUUUUGUCUCCUUUCCACCUUAUUGGAGGUAGAGAGGGGUGGCUAUCUUGGUUUCAGGCACCUGACUUCCCCGUGCUCUUCUCAGUCUGCCCUCUAAUGUAAGUCCCAGUGCUAUUUGGUGCUUUUCUUCAUCUGGUUUCUUCUUUUUAUCCUUGUCCUUUUAAUUGCUCCCUCCAGUAAAAUUUUAACUCUUCCCAGCCAGGAUUAUCCAGAAACUCUGAUGAGCCCUUUAUUUCCCUGCCUACCAAUCUCUUUCCCCUGCAAGAUCUAACACAUAAUAGGCCCUUUUCCCAAGGUUACAUUGCAAGUAAGUGCUGCAGCCAGAAACAAAACAUCUUCUACUCUAAAACCCAUGUUCAUGCCACCAUUGCAUUUGCAUAUUAGGAUGCUUAAAGUUCUUUUUUUUUUUUUUUUUUUUUUGUCUUUUUCCUUUUUAUCGGUACCAGGGAUCGAACUCACGACUGCCUGCUUGCAAGGCAGGCGCUUAUGCUGCUGAGCUAAACCUCCAGCCCCUAAAGUUCUUGAAGAGUCAGAAUUGUUUUUGGAUUUGAGUGUGAGUGUGAGUGUGUGUGAGUGUGUGUGUGUGUGUGUGUGUGUGUGUGUGUGUGUACGUGAAAGUCUUUUAUUUUAACAGGGCUUGUGCUGCAGCACAGGGGCGCUAGUGCCCAGGAGAGCACACUCCUAGACUAAAAUCAGAAGAGUUGAAGUUUAAGGGGCCAACUCAAUUAUAAGGUUUUCCUUCCAAUGUUAAAAACUGAUUCUAAUUAAUUUAAACUAUGCAUUCCCAUAAUACUUACACAGUAUAAAAAUGAUAUUCAGUAAAGAGUCCUUCCCCCAUUUUUCACUUUCAUUUUUCCAGUUCCACUCCCUCUGCCUCCUGUUAGUUUCUUGUAUCUCUAGGUCUUCUUUUUGACAAAUGCAUGAAAAUAUGAAGCUCUGUGUUCACCUUUUAAAAAUAUCUUGCCAGGUGAGGUGGCUUAUACCUGAAAUUCCCCAGCAUACUGGAGGCUAAGAAGGAUUACCACGGGUUCAAGGCCACCCUUGACUAUAUAAGGAGACCCUGUCUUGAAAAUUUUAAAUAAGUGUUAACUUAAAAAAAUUUUAAAAAUUUUUUCCAUGUAGGUGUAUAUUAGCAAAAAGAGUCGAUAGGUACCCCACCUGAAUAAACUCAGAGGGAAACUUGGUAAAGGACAGUUGUGUGAUGAAGGGAAGAAUAUUGUGCCUGCUCACUGACUACUAAGAAUACCUUCCCCAAUCCACAGAUUCUGUGCUACAGAGAUUCCCCCAGGCAAAUUCUCAAGCUCCCCAGUGUUGCCUUCUAGCCACUCCCCUUGCUGUAAUAUCUGGGUUUGGGCGAAAGGAGGGUGCUGCACAGCCCGCCCCUUCUGUGUUGUUUGAGCCAACUCCCCUUUCCAAAACAUAACUGCAACCCAGUUCUCAGUUCCAUCUUGCAUCUGAAGCGAGUUGGCUGGAAUGGACAGAAUUCUUCAUUGCAAAAGGGAACGGUGUUCCAGUUCAAACCAAGUCUACAAACAAACUCUAACGAUGAUCCUGAAAGGGAACUGGGCAAGUCUUAUCAUGUGGCUUUUCCACGCCUUGAUUCCAUGUUUGCUCACAGAUGGAGUGGCUGCUCUGCCUGCCCCUCAGAACCUCUCUGUACACUCAACCAAUAUGAAGCAUCUCUUGACGUGGAGCCCGGUGGUCCUACCCAAAGAAACAGUAUACUAUUCUGUCGAGUACCAGGGCGAGUAUGAGAGCUUGUAUACAAGUGACAUCUGGAUCCCCAGCAAAUGGUGCUUAUGCACUGAAGGUCCUGAGUGUGAUGUCACUGAUGACAUCACUGCCACAGUGCCAUACAGCCUCCGUGUCAGGGCCAUCCUGGGAUCACAGACUUCGGCUUGGAGCAUCCUGGAGCAGCCCUUUAAUCCAAACUCAACCAUCCUUACUCCACCUAUGAUAGAGGUCUCCCAGGAUGGCUUCCAUUUGGUUAUUGAGCUGGAAGACCUGGGACCCCAGUUUCAGUUCCUCGUGGCCUACUGGAGGAGGGAGCCAGACACCAAGGAACAUGCCAAAAUAGUAAGGAGGGGAGGCAUUCCUGUGCACCUCGAAACCAUGGAGCCAGGGGCCCCAUACUGCGUAAAGGCCCAGGCGCUGGUGAAUGCCAUUGGGAGGAAUAGUGCCUUCAGUCAGACAAAGUGUGUGGAAGUGCAAGGAGAGGCUCUCCCUUUGGUGCUGGCCCUGUUCGCCUUCAUUGGCUUCAUGCUGAUCCUCGUGGUUGUGCCAUUGUCCGUCUGGAAGAUGGGCCGGCUGCUCCAGUACUCCUGUUGCCCCAUGGUGGUUCUCCCAGACACCUUGAAAAUAACCAACUCACCACAGAAGUUAAUCAGCUGCAGAAGGGAAGAGGUGGAUCCCUGUGCCAUGGCGAUGCUGUCUUCUGGGCUUGGAUCCUGCAGCCUUGGGAAAGGGCCUGGUUGUCAGGAGCUGGCAUCCUGGCCUACAGGACACAGAACCCAUGAGGGAGAGGCUGUGUUUCUGCCUUUCGUGGACAAAGGAUGGGAGAAAUGAGGAGCACCCACCUGCCUGCCUGUCCAUGCCUAAAAGCAACCAUCAGGGCAGAGAGCUGUGGCCAGCAGAGCACUGAUGAGGGAUCAAGUGAUGUGGCCUCUGCCAUUGGGCAGAUGGGUGACCCUGAGGAGAGAGACUUAAUCCCUUUGGUCCUUAGUUUUCUUAUCCAUAAUGGGAGUUGACAACACACCUGCUCUCUAUCUGCCUCUGUAUAUGCACACACACCUGGCUCCCGCAGGGCUGAGGGGAAGCAAGCAACACUGUGCACUGUGAUAGACUCAGCUCCUCUGGAGAUCAGGAUACAAAUAUGUAAGGAGAAUGAUCAAAGCCUGCCCUGAAGAAGAAAAGGAGAAUGGGAGCAAACACUGAUUUCACUUCAAGUCAAUACCUGUGCACAGGUGAGUGGCUCAGCAAACUACAGGGUGUGACCAGGAUGAAGACCCCAGCCCUGCUGAACACAGGAUGUACCUGAACACUGUGAGCCAUGGAACCCCAUGGACUGUGCGUCAUGUGUGCACAUUGAGGACAGAAGGUAAAAUGUGCACAGAAGAACACAGAAGGACAUCAGCAACAGGUGCAAGACUUUGCCCCUUUGUCCUGUUGAGUUGCUAAAAGGGCAAAGAUGAAAUGAAAGGGGAUCUCCCUGGGCAAUCCCUUUGUUCCUGGAGAAAAGUGGUCUUCAGAGAUUUAGUUACAUUGUCAGUCUUGAGUCCAGGGAGGCUUAAAGGACACCUUUGGUGAGGAGAGUAGGGUGUCUCUGGGUUGUAGCUGGGGCAAGGGAGGAGCACACUGAGUUCUCAGGAGCCACUUGCUGGAUGGGAUGCAGCCUCAGUGUACAAGAACCCCAGCUGAGGCAGAUGGUAUUGGCUUUGCAUGGCCAGCGUGUUCCGAAGUGCUUGCUGGAGGUCUCCACAGGAAAUCUGUGAGAAUCCCCCUUUCCUAAAACAGCUCAUGCAGGACCCCUAGCUUCUUCCAGGUUGCUCACCCCAAACCCAGCUUUAGAAGCCCUGACAAUCUCUCUUGCAUCAGCUGAAGAAGAAUCUCCAGCAGUGAAGGAAUGGAAAGAGGAGUUUCUUGAGAGACAAGAGACUAAUGAGCAAGCCUGCACCUCAUUUUUUAGCCCCUACCUCCUCCCAACUUGGGAGCCACUGAGUUGGUUUGUUUCUACUGCCACUGCCUGGAUGCUUCCAAACAUCCUGCAGUGGACAUGGCUUACUGCUUCAAUAAGGUCUUUCCCCCUUGGAGACAAGGACCAGCCACCUUUGUUCCACCAGGUGGAGUCUUUUUUUUUUCCUUUUUUUACAUCAGUACUGGGGCUCGAACUCACGACUGCCUGCUUGCAAGGCAGGUGCUUAUGCUGCUGAGCUAAAUCCCCAGCCCCACCAGGUGGAGUCUUAAUACAUGGAAGUUUUCUGCGAAGAGGAGGAAUGGUGAGCCACAGAGAGAGAGUCCUCUGAAAUUUGAUGUCCACAUGCUGGAAUAUAGCAACAUGAGGAAGAGAGGAAGGAGGUAAGUGGGUCCCUGAGACCUGGGAAGGCUCUGAAGUGAGAAUUGAGACCCACUGUGAAAGCAAAGUGAGAGACUUAAACAAAGAUGAAUGUGGCAGCUGGUGCUUUCUCCCCAAGACCAGACUCAGUGUGGGAGGGGUGGCUUGAACCUACAGGCACAGUAACUACUAGUGACCUCAGAGGCUCCCACAGAGAAAUUCACUGGUGAAACAGAACUGUGAUGCAGUGGACUGCAGUAGCUGGUGAGCUGUUCUAGUUCAGAUGUUCCCUCAGGGAAGGGUGAUUGGUUAGUAGCCAUCUUGGAGAGGAGGCCAACUGAACUCAGAACUCAGAACAGCUAUGGGCCAGCUCCAUCUAGCGACUCCCAGUGUUAGGGUGAGGCUGCCGAGUUUGUCAGCAAGUGCUCAGGGAGCCAAGUUCAAGCUGGCACAAGACUAUUGGAGGCUGAACAAAUCAUGUUCCAGUCUCACAACCAGCCGGACCUUCAGUGGAACUAAUGGUGCAGGCUUGCUGGGAUUAUUCACUACCCUGCUGUAAAAUUAUGGCUGGCUUGCUUGGGUUAAAUAACUCAGAUCUGGGCUCUGCUUACAUUGCCUACAGCAGAGAAACACAUUGAGGUGGACAUUUUAAAACAAUUUUUUUUCUUUUCUGGCUUUUGUUUUAAUUUUUUUUUCUUCAUGAUUAUUUGUUCUUGUUUUUAUGUGAGUGUAAAAAUUGUAAAAAUUCUAGUUUUUGUUUUUGUGUUCUGUUCUCAUUUUUAUUUCUUCCUUCACUGUUUCCCUCCUAUCUUCUUCACAAGUUUCCCAAAGUUUGCAUAAUUUUCCUUUCUUCUCUAACCAUGUUCUAAUCUUUUCCUCUCCUUCUAUUUCUCUGUUUUCCCCUGACUCUAAAGCAGAUACAGACUUUUUUUUUUUUUUUGUCUUUUUCAUUUUUAUCGGUACCAGGGAUCGAACUCACGACUGCCUGCUUGCAAGGCAGGCGCUUAUGCCGCUGAGCUAAAUCCCCAGCCCCAGAUACAGACUUUUUAAAAAAAAAUAGAGGAGCUUAGGAGCAUGAUAGAAACCAUGAGUGUCCAACAUCAGAGGGAAAUGAACUCCAUAAGACAGACUCAAACCAAUAUUGAGGGUAUUAAGAAUUCAUUGAAAAUACACACAGUAGAAUGAGUCAAUAUUAGGACAGAAUAUCAGGCCUAGAAGACAGGAUUGUAGUUAGUGAUUAUGAAAAGAAAAAUUCCUAAAAAAUUGCAAAGGAUUAUGAAAAAUCAAUCCAGCAGUUAUUAGAUGGUGCAAAGAAGAAUAACAUAAGAUUGAACAGAGUCAGUGAAAAAUCAGGAGAAUACACAAGAGACAUAAAAAACAAAACAAAAACAAAACAAAAAAGACAAAAAAACAAAACCUGUUCACAGCAAUAGAAAACUUCUCAAGCAGGGAAAAGAAAUUUGACAUACAGAUAAGUGAGGUAUAUAGAACUCCACUAACCAAGGCAAAAAAAGAAAAAAUUUAGUACACCAAAGCAUAUAAUACGCAAGAUUCCAGAAAUUCAACACAAGAACAGAAUAUUAAAAGUUGUAAGAGAAAAUAAAUAAAUUACCUAUAAAGGAAAGUCCAUCAGAAUCACAUCAGACCUCUCAACACAAACCCUCAAGACAAGGAAAACUUGGAGUGAAGUAUUUCAAGCCUUAAAGGAAAACAACCAGAUCAAUGUAAUCCACAAAACUAUCUUUCAAAAUUGAUGGAAAAAUAUAAAGAACAUGACAAAGAACACUUGAGGAAAUUCAUAUCCACCAUACCAGCACUCCAAAAUGUCAAGGACAUUCUAGAAAGUGAUAAUAAGAACUACAACUCCAUGAACCAUAACAAAAUGAAUCUACUACACAAGUUAAGCCUUUAAACAGAAGGGGGAAAAUGAGAACCAACAACAGGAAAAUAACGUGACAAGGAUAAAUCAAAACAUAUCAGUUAUAAUCAGCAAUAUUAUUGGUCUCAAUACACAAAUCAAAACUAAGACUGGCAAAAUGGAUCAAGAAACAAGAUUCAACAAUAUGCUGCUGUAAGAAACACAUUUAAUUCAAGAAGAAAUUCAUAGACUAAAAGUCAUUAUUAUUUGCAGAUGACAUAAUUCUCUACAUAGAGGAACCCCAAAGAAAUUCAUUGACUGAAAACAAAGCUCCAUGGGAAAGGGACCCAGAAGACAGAAGUGGUAGCUAUUUUAUUUACAGGCAAAGUGGACUUCAAGUCAAAGCUGAUUAGGAGAGACAAGAGCUGACUAAUUGUUCCUUGAAAGAGAAUGAUUCAAGCAAAAAAACUAACAAUCAUAAAAAAAUACGUGUACAAAUACCAAAUACCAGUACAGCCAACUAUAUAAAACAAAUACUAACAUACAUGAAAAAUCGAAUAAGCGCUAAUACAAUUAUAAUGGGAGACCUCAGUUCUCCACUGUUAUAAAUAGACAGAUCAACUAGACAAGAAAUCAACAAUGAAAUAUCAGAACUGAACCAAACUUUGAACAAAUGGACUUAGUAGACAUCUACAGAGUGUUCCAACCCACAUCAUCAGAAUACACAUUCUUCUCAGCUGACAUGGGAUGUUCUCCAAAGUAGACUGCACACUAGCUUAUAGGACUUGCUUAAGUAAAUGCAAAGGAACUGAAACUAUCCCAUGCAUAUGAUCAGAUCACAGUGCAAUGAAACUGAAAAUCAAUGUCAGAAGAAACCACAAGAACUUCAUAAACAUAUGGCAAUUAAACGACAUCCUCCUUACCAACCAAUGGAUCACAGAUGAAAUUAAGGGAGAAAUUAGUCAGUUUCUACAAUUAAAUGAUAAUGCCAGUAAACAUCCCAGAACUUAUGAGACACAAUGAAAGCUUUCCUAUGAGGGAAAUUUAUAGCAGUGAAUUCCCAUAUCAGAAAAACACAGUGAAAUUUUAAAAAAAACACCUAACAUUGAACCUCAAACUUCUAGAAAAAUAAAGGCAAGUCAAGCCCCAAGCUUGUAUGAGGGAGGAAUUGAUAAAGAUCAGAGGAGAAACUAAUGCAAUGGAGACUAAGAAAACAAUACAAAAAAAAUUGGUUCUUUGAAGCAUUAAAUAAAAUUGACAAGCCCUGAGCCAACCUUACCAAAAAAGGAAAGAAAAGACUAAAGUCUUUAGCAAUUAGGAAUGAAAAGGGUAAAAUCACAACAGAUCCUGCAGAAAUCAAGGAAAUCACCAAUAUCUACUUUGAGAAACUAUAUUCUAAUCAGAUGAAAAACAGAAUAAAUGGAAAGAUUCCUAGGUACCUAUGAAUUAUCCAAGCUGAAUCAAGAAGAUAUAGAAAUUCUAAUAAACCAAUAUCAGUUAAUGAAAUUGAAGCUGUAAUUAGAAACCUACCAGCAAAGUAGCCCAUGCCGUGAUAGAUUUACAGCUGAACUCUACACAAAAUUUAGAGAAGACCUAAUGCCACUGCUCCUCAAACUUUUUAAUGAAAUUGAAAAGGAAGCAAUAUUCUCAAAUUCAUUCCUAAAAGGCAAGCAUUACUCUGACAACCAAAACCAAAGAAGGAUCCAAACAAAAAAAGAACUACAGGCCAAUAUCCCUAAUGAACUUAGAUGCAAAAAUCCUCAAAAGAUACUGUCAAACAGAAUGCGGCAAAUCAUCAAGAAGGCCAUACACCUCGACCAAGUAGGAUUCAUCGCGUGGAUGCAGGGAUGCUUCCACAUAUGCAAGUCAAUAAAUGUAACAUACCCUAUCAGCAGAGCCAAGGACAAAAACCACAUGGUCAUCUCAAUAGAUGCAGAAAAAAACAUUUCACAAAGUCCAACACUCAUUCAUGACAAAAACUCAGAAAAAAGUUGUUAGUUGUUAAAGAUCUAAAAGUUAAAAUAUCUGUUGGAAGAUAGAAUAGGUAGAACUCUUAAAGAUACUGGUGUAGGCAAACUUUAUGUACAAAACCUUGAUUGCACAGGAACUAUCACAAAGAAUUAAUAACUUGAAUCUCAUUGCGUUAAAAAGCUUUUUCACAGCAAGAGAAACUACCAACAGCAUGGAAAGACAAUCCACAAUUUUUAUCAUCCGUACUAUAGGCAAAGGACUCCUAUCUAGAAUAUAUAAAGAACUAACCCCCCAAAACAAUAACAACAACAACAACAACAAACUCCCUCAAAUUUAAAGAGUCCAAAAAUGGGCGUCUGAAGUGAGUGAGUAGAUACUUCUCAGAUGAAAAAGAAGAAACCAUAAAUAAAAAUAUAUGAAAAAAUGUUAAAUUACACUGGUCAUUUUUGAGAUGUAAAUUAAUUCCGAGAUCCCACCCCACCCCAGAAAAAUGGCUAUUAUCAAGCAAUUAAGCAAUAACAAAUGCUAGUGGGGUUUCCGGGAAAGAGGAACACUUUCCCACUGUCGGUGAGAGUGCAUGCUGGUGCAACUACUGUGGAAGGCAGUCUGGAGAUUCCUCAAACUUUGUGCCUAGAGAUUCCAUUUGACCCAGCUAUUCCUCUUCUUGGUACCUUCCCAAAAGACUGAAAAGCAUCACAUCACAGUGAUAUAUGAACACUCAUCUUUAGAGUGGCACAGUUUGUAAUAGCCGAAUCUUGGAAACAGCUCAUUGCCCAUCAACUGAUGAAUGGAUAAAUAAGUCGUGUGUGUGUUUCUUUUAAUACAGUAAAGCACAAAGAAGGAUAAACCUGAGACAUCUUUAGCUAUCAUGGAUGCACCUUGGGACCAUACUCCUAAGUGAAAUAAAGUGGACACAUAUGCUCAAAUAUCACAUGGUUCCUCUGGCGUGAGAAACCAAAAGUGUAAACAAGGGCAAAUGUAUUAUCAGUACUGGGAAAUGGGAAGAAAAUGUUCAAAUGAGAAGGGGAACAAGCAGGGGGUGGGGAAGAAGGGACAAGAGAAAAAUAGAGCUAAAAUAGAAACAAGCUUUUGGAAAUGAAGAAUUGAAGGGGGGUUGAAGUGAGGGGAGGGGAAUGGUAACAAACAGAAGAAACAAGAUAUAUCAUGUACUAGGACAAACUGCUUCCGAUGGGUGGUACCACUGUAUCUAAAUGUGCCAAUAAAAUAAUAAAAUAAAAAAAAACAAAUUUCCAUUGGCGUUAAAAGAGAGAGGGAGAGAGAGAGAGAGAGAGAGAGAGCGAGUGCAGCCUCUCUCCCAGCUAGGAAAUUGCCAAAUUCUUGCUUUUGUACCAUUUUGUUUGUUGCUGUGUUAUUUUUCAUGAAGAGAGUGAGAAUUUUAUAUUUAACUGGAAACAUAUGUUCAUUGUGCGAAAACAAAGACCAUGCUAUUACUAUAUGUGUUGUCACUUUGUUGCUUCCCUCUCCUCUGCCCCUUCACCCUGAGAGUAUUUCUCUCUGUCACCUACCAGGGCUGAGAAACAACAAAUGAGCCCCAAGCACCCGCUGCUAGAAGCACCCAUGAGAGUUCAUCCAUUUUUUGCUGGCAUAUGCAGGUGCUUAGAAAUUUCUGUCAAUCUUCCGUGUCUUCCCAUGUCCCUGACCAUGCAGCAGACACUGAGCUAGUGCUGAUGACUGAGGGGCUGCCUCCUCCACAGCUGCUAACUCUGUUUCCCCUGGAGCUCCCUCUGUAGCUUAUUUAUCCCGGUCUCCUGGUUCUUUAAGCAUGGGCACUUGCAUGAUGGGACAGGAGUGCAUUUUGUGAUUAUAACAGGACAACAGCUGUAAAUGGGGCUUAUUCAAGUGAAUUAGGAACGUGGGCCCCCUACUAAUAACCUCCAGCCUUGCACUUCACCUGGAAGCUUAAACUUUCAGAUGCUCAGAUAGGAGGCCUAGGAGCAGGCUCAGAAUGAAUGCUGGCUUCCUUUUCACAGAUUGCAUUGUGUCCUAUGGGCACUGGGAGAAGUAUAGGAGGGGAGUGGCCUGGGUGGCUUCUGAUGCUUCCGUGGCUCAGGCUGUCGUCUACCCAGGAGCUUCCCCAGAACCAAGCUCAGCAUUCUGAUGGUGCCUUCAUCGAGCAACACCAGGGUCCAGUGAGCAAAGACCUGUGCCAUGAUAUUUCAGUGGGGUAAGGGGAAAAUACUAAUACUGUAGUAGUAAAAAAGAUUAUCAUUAUUAAGUGAUUUAUCUAGCAUAGUGGGACCUUAUAAGCCUUAUGGAAAAACAAAAAGGUAGAGCAAAAAAUGGGGCAGAUCAUGCAGCCUUCUCAGUCAUGGUAAAUGCAAACAUCUGAACCCAAAAUGUCAGAUAAGUGCUUGCCUAGCAAUGCAAAAUGAGAGUAAUUAGACAGUAAAUUCUUAGGGGAAUGCUGUCUAAAACAAAGGUUUGAACUGUUUGUAUUGAUAACACACUUAACAAAAUUAAUCUCCUACGUUCCCAGAUAAAGCAAAUAAUUGUUUAAUUAGGAACCUAGCUUCCAGGAUAAGUGAAAAGGAGGGCCAACUGCAGACUGCAAGGUUUGAAUAAGAACCGUGUACUGUUAACUGAGGCAAGUAAGAUAAUAUGAGACCAGGCUUCUGAACAUUUUAAAUCUAGCUUGGCUUUUUCUCACUGAAAUGGCCUAGAAGAAAUGUCACCCCCACAAUGUACACUAUUGCCCAGAUUUUGGUUUCUAAUGCUAUUUUUGUCCAAAGAAGCCAAAGAUUCUUGGAGCCAUGGCUAAAUUUCAUGUCCAUCUGAGGGUGAAAGAUACAAGACAAUUCUAGAAUAUCUACACAUGGCGGGAUCAUAAAACAAAAAGCUUAAAUAAUUGUGUCAUUCAAAAUUAUUCAUAACCGGAGAACCAGCCAGUGUCUCCUGAGAUCCAUGCCAUGUUGGAACUUAGGACUCUGGGAAGCCAAGCCAGCACCUCCCCUCCCUGGUGGGCGGAGGCAGGGUGGCAGACUGCAGCCCUUCCAGGGGGAGAACUAGCAGUGUCUCCUGAAAUUCACGCCAUGUUGGAACUGAGGAGGCAGUGAAAACAAAAGACCAUCCUGCUCCCUGCUUAGCAACAGUGAACCUACUGCUACAUGGCCUAGAGUCAAAUAUCCUACUUCCCCUAUCCUCCGUCUCCUCCCCCUCCCUGAAAAAAAAAUAAUAAUAAAUGUAACUCCCAUUAAGAAAAAAAAGAAACUGAAAAGAAACAGUUAAAUUAUCAUAACAAAACAAAACAAAACAAAAUUAUUCAUAACCAAUCUGAAAAGUGCUCCUAUUGGCCAGCAGAGGAGCAAUGUGAAUAUCAGGGGGUGUUGUUUGACAUCAAUUGAUACAAUAAACUUGAAGUCAUCCACCCAUAAUGGUACUUAAGAAGUGCCAAAGAUAACAAAAUAGAUUCCCAAAGAUGAAUAGAAUAAAAUGUACAGAGGGGCGUGGUGGCAAACACGGGUAAUCCCAGCACUUGGGAGGCUGAGGUGGGAACCAUCGUUGUGAGUUGAAGGCCAGCCUGGGCUACAAAGAGAGUUAAAGACCAGCCUGAACUGCAUAGUGAGACUCCGACUCAAAAAGACUUCCCCCAUUAAAAUAAAUAAAUAAAUAAAGAAGGAAAGGAAAACGAAACAGGGAGGAGAAGCAUAAAGGCUGUUUAGAUUCUGAAAUCCCUCUUUAUCAGAAUGCAAAAGAACCUUGCCAUGGGGCCUCUUGACAAGAUAGAGACAGACUGAAAGUGGCAUGAAAGGGAGAGGCUAUAACAAGCCUUGAAGAGGCAGGGGAUGGUGGCUGGGGCCGGGGGCCAGGGGUAAGUGGUGAAGGGGCAAAUCUCUGUCUGAUGCAUCUACGCUGACUACAUUGUUUUCUAUUGGUGCAAUACAUUGCAUUCAUUAAUCAACAAGCCCAACACAACUGAGUAGCAAGUAGAACUACUGUACUUUUGUUUGCGCGGGUUUUUGUUUUGAUUUUGGUCUUUUUGGGACAAGGUUUCGCUAUGCAGUUCAGUCUGGCCUUUGACUCACUUUGUAGUCCAGGCUGGCCUUGAACUCACAGCAAUCCUCCUGCCUCAGCCUCCCAGGUGCUGGGAUUCCAGGCUUGUACCACCAUAUCUGGCUUCUUCCUGUUUCUUAUAUUAAAAAGUAAAAAAAAAAAAGGUAUCUUUUUUUUUUUUUUGUAUUCUGCGUGCUCUAUCUUAGCCUUUGGCAAGAGUGAUUUUCUGAGGCUGAGAUCUCCCGGUUUUCUUUGAAUCUCUUGUUGACCAGAUCCCACCGCAGUUUCCGGAGCCCACCAGGAUGGGAGCUCCUCCUUAUGUUCACGGGUGUCUGGCGCCACCUUGUGGUGAGUUCUGGAAAAUUCCUUCUGCUCCUGCUUGUGCCCUGGGUUCCUGGAUGAGAGAAUGGAAAGUUUAGACCAGUUCCUAGAACAAGAACUCAGCAGAAAAACUUCCAUGGGCUUGGCCCCUACGAAGCCGCCGUUGUCACCAGUGGACUUUGCCGUCAGCGUCUCCUCACCCUGUGUCUCGCCGCCUCCGCGGAUGAGUCCUUUACCCUGUUCCCGCAGCGCCUGUUCGCUGGGCUGUGGCCUCUGCUGGCUUCCGGUCUCCUUUCCUGUGUGUUGCUGUUCCCUUGUCUUUAAAAAGACUUAUUUUGAUGCCCCUUUUUGCUGUGUCCUAUUUCCAGCCUACCUCUGGGCCAGACUGACUUUCUGGGGGUCCCAUCGGGCCCCUGCUCCAUAGGGGGCGCCCCUCUGCUGCCCCACUCACGCUAAACCAUGGGUGUGGCCAGCCUGUGAGGCCGGGCCUGGGACGUCAGAGAGGACCCCAAACUGUCUUCCUUUGCUGGCUCCUGGGAUGCUGAGGUCCUGAAGCCCCUGACAGAGCAACCCCG